GCUAACCAGAAACUGUCUAGCAAGCUACUGUAGACAUAACGUUACAUUUUUACAGUCACUUCUCUGUCGGAACUAGCUAACGUUAGCUUGUUAAUUGUAGGUUGUUUAGCUACCUUAUUAGCGCAAAACAAUAAUGCAAUUUAGUGAUUUAGUUUGGGACCAACUACCGGAUUAAUCUAACAUUUUUUUUGCUUUGCCUGUGCUGACUGUUACAAAUUUAAAAGUCGCGGUUGCUUCACGUUUGGGAGGUGACGACGUUGGCUGCGAUUACGGUUUACUAACACGUUAAUGAUAGUUUGCAUAGUUAACGAGUCAUCUGAAUUGCUUCUUUAGACUCCAGGAAAAAAAAUGUGAAUCGGUUUUUACUUGAUUGAAUAUGUUAUGGGUUAACUGUAUGAAUCGACUUGAAAUGGCUAGUUAUAUAAUAUUUGCUCAUAUGAAAUGAACAAUAAUAUUAGAAUUUGAACGUAACGUUAUUUGUUUUCUGAUACUUGUUACUGAUAUUUGUGGGUAGCCGCCUUGGUAACAGACUGGAUCAACGUUUCUUCCUGACUGUAAUGACAGUGAGCGAGUGAGCCAUCCAAAAUAACAUCGGUUCUAGUGAAUUAUCUUCCUGCAAGCCAUGCUCUGUUAAUAUGGCUUAAUGCCGGUUGAAACAUGUUAUAUUAAUAUUGGUGUUUUGGCAUUCUGCUAAAGUCACUAGUCAAGGGAUGGGAAAGACGCAUGCUGUGGUGAUCCUCCAGCGGCACCUCAGUGUCAGGUAGUGAAGACCAAAGGCAAUGCAGUCUGCUAACUGUGAUCUGGGCAUCCACCAUAUACAAUGAAGAAGAUAUUCAACUUCACCAAGAAAAAGAAAGGAUUCUCACCUAACACCUCAGACACUGGGAGUGUGCUGUCUGUGGGCUAUGACUUGAAGGAGAAGGACCUUGGAAAGGUACACAAGGCUGCUUAUGGGGGUGACUUGGCCAAACUGAAGCAUCUGGCCAAGAAGAAUGACAUCAAUCAGCUUGAUAAGGAGAACAGAACAGCACUUCACAUUGCCUGUGCCAAUGGACAUACAGACGUGGUCCAGUUCCUGGUUGAGAGCAAAGCCAAGCUCAACCUAUGCGACAAUCAAAAUAGAUCCCCGUUGAUGAAGGCAGUGCAGUGCCAGCAGGAACGCUGCGUGGCCACGCUGCUGGAGCAUGAUGCCGAACCUAAUCUGGUGGACAUCAACGGCAACACGGCCCUGCACCUGGCCUCCUGUAUACCUGCCUUCUCCACCGCUAUGCUGCUGCUGGAGCACGAGGCCAAUGUCAACGCUCAGAACAAGGAGGGUUACUCCCCUCUGACUAUGGCAGUGAAGGAGAAUCAUGCCGAGAUGGCCGAGUUCCUCCUCAAGGAGGGGGCCGACGUCAACACUAAGGACCAGGGACACAGGUCCCCAUUGAUGAUCGCUGCUUGCAAUGGACAAAUCAGUAUGGUGCGGCUACUCCUGCAGUAUGAUGCAGACAUCACCUUAAAGGACAAUAAUGGAUGGUCGUCCGAUGACUAUGCUGUGAUGAAUGGACACCACGCUUGUUCCCAUCUCAUUAUUGAGCAUGGCACCAAGAGGAAGUCCAUGCCAUCUCCCGCCCACGCCCCUGCCAAAAAGAAGCGAGCUUCCAUGUUGUGCAGCCCUUCCGAAGAAGCAGGCUUCUCUCUGGGGGGACCAGCAACGGACAAAGAUGAGCAAGGAGCGAGUGAAGGAGGGAGAGAUGUUGAAGACAAUUCGCAAACGGAGUCAAUAAGUCGGGCGUCAAAAAGUGCGGCAGACGAUUCUUGGCCAUCCUCAGAUGAAGAGGACGAAUUGGAUAUAACCCAAAAGAAACAUCCAAAGCUAAACCUAAAGAAUCUGAUGAAUGCCUCCAAAAAGGGAAAGAAUGACGCUGUAACCGAUCUCGAAAAGCCAUGGAGCGGCCCUGAGGCCAAGCGUGAGAGCGAGAACCAAGUCCAGAGAUACCCAUCCCUCCCCAAGGCUUUCCCACCCAGCAGUGCCCCCCAGCACCUAGUCUCCCCCUCACCCUCUGCCUCCUUUACCUCCAAACCUGCCCAGAUGAUCUCUACCUGUCUCCAGAGUUCCAGAAAGGAAAAAGAUUCCACAGAGGAUGAAGAAGAUUAUGAUGAAGACAGAGGUGGUGAUGAAGAAGAUGAGGAAGAGAAAAGCUUCAAGGAGGAGAUGGGAAAGACAAAAUACCAGACAGAAGAGGAGAAAGAUGAUUCCCUUGUUGAUGAUUCACCAGUCCCUGGAAGUCAAGACACCUCCAAAGAAAAACAAAGAGAUUUCCUUUCUGAGUUGGGUUUGGAGAAGGGAGAUGAUGAGGAAGACUCAUGGGACACUGAGUCUGGCUCUGCCAGUCCCAGAAAACAUCAUGGCCGAGAUCCUGCAAAGGUGCCACAUGUUUCCAUUAUUUCAGGGGAGAACAAAGAAGUUUUAAGAAAUUAUGAUAAUGAUGCCGACAAUGACAAUGUCCCAGAAAAGCCAGAGAAAAUCAAAAGGGAAACUCUGUCCAUCUUGACCAAGCUUGAACUGUCCAAAAAAGAUGCUGACAAAAAGACGGACAUAAUGGAGGAGCUUGGGUUGGGUGAUGUUGAUGAUCUUGAAGAUGCCUCUGAUUGGGACACGGCCAGCACCGCCAGCAGGAGAACCCUCCCCGGCCACGGAGUGCCUUCCCCCGGUGGCGAGGAGCUGAGGGAGGAGGCCUCUUCCCAAUCCCCCGUCCCUCUGCCGGCUGUCCAGGAGCAGGAGCCAGAUGCAUUAAUAGUGGAGAGGAACGGUCCUGAGGGGAAGAGACACUUUCUUUCGGAGAGACCCCUCCCAUUGGCCAGCCCGCGCUCCCUUACCUUUCAAACCCAACCCCAGCCCUGUGCUCGGAAGAUGCUGCCUCAGAGAACAGAGAGUGAGGAAGAUUUUAAUUGGGAUUCCAACCACGUGAAUACCUCCACCCCCAGCCCAGUCAGGACUGGGAAGCAACUACCAAACGUAACAGAGACCGUCGCAGUGUUGAAACCUAAUAACCCUCUGCAUGAGCCCUCGCCAGUGAAGGAAGAGAGCGAAAGCAGUCCAGAGCCCGAGGAGCAGGCACAGGAGGAGAAAGACGUUGCAUCAGAGUUAGACGUGGGCGAAGACGAGACAAAGGCCAACAUGGAGGUGCUGCAAAAAUCAAGUGCCUCACGGGUUGCUGGAGGAUCAAUGAGCAGGCUACAUGAACGAGAACUAGACAAAGAAGAAGAGGAGAAACCUGAGACCAGUUUAGGACACCCUAAAGUGUCACGCAGUGGAAAUGGAGCAACAGACAGUGAACAUCAGCUCAGAGCAACAGACCGUAUUACCCAAAGACACGGGUCCAAAAGUCCAAAGAGGGCCCUGGAGAACCAACUACAUCAGCAGCAGAAGAAGGAGGAGGGGAGAGCUGUAUCUAACGAGGCCACCUUACAGUGUCCCUUUCUGGGGGAAGCCAGGCAUGGCCGAGCCCCCCAGGCAGCUAACCAUGUUAACGCAGGAGACCCCCUCUCAGUGUUUGACGAUAGUACUUUAAGUGAAGUGUCGGACGAUGAUGGAAGGGCUCUAUCUGCAUGGCAUCAGAAAGACAAGACUGCUGGCGAGAUUGAGAUGGCGGAGGACUUUGAUGAGCUCACACAGUCAUCGGACACGGCCACAUCUGACCUCGAAGACCCCACCUCUGGCUACCGUCACGCCUCUUUUCUCAUCAAACAGCUCAAUUCUGCCACUUUAGACUCUGUGAGCAUUGUGAAGCUCCAGAACAUGUUCCACGAGUAUGAGCGUACAAUCCAGAGGGAGCGGGGCCGCCAUGGGCACCUCUCUGACAAGGUGAGCCAGCUGGAGGUCGAGAAGCGCGAGCUGAUGGCCUCACUGGAGGAAAGCCGGGACAGCAAGCAGGCCCUGGAUCAUCGGCAGCUUGAGCUGGACACGGACCUCAACAACUUUAAGUUCCAGCUGAAGCAGGAGCAGGAGAAGCACCGGAACGCCUCCAUGCUGUAUGACAAGAACCGGGAGAUGCUGCGGAGGAAGGAGGAGGAGCUACGGGCCGAGGCAGAGGAGAAGCACAAGGUGGAACUGGCCAUGAGGAAUCUGGAGCUGGAGAUGAGGGCCAUCCUUAACAACAUGAAACAGUCGGAGGAGGACCGCAGCGAGACCCAGAGGCUGUUGACCCAGGAGCGAGGUGCCCGAGCUUUGUCGGAGACCCUCCUCAACAAUCACCUCCGCAAGCAGCAGCAGAUCGAGGAGGAGAACAGGAGGACCAUCAGUAAGAGCAACGAGGCCCUGUCCCAGUUGACGGAGGCCACUGACCGAGAGAGGGAGCUGCUGCAGCAGAGCUCUGUGCUCCAGGACGAGCUGAGCUCCCUGAGAGCUGAGCUGGAGCGCUCCUGCUCCCACAGUCGCCAGGAGGAGUCCCGCCUCUCCGAGGAGAGCGAGGCUUUGAGGGAGCGCCUAGAGGACGCCCGGCGCGACCUCAAACUCAACGAGGAGGCGCUGGCGCAGACAGUCUACCAGUACACCAGCCAGGUGACCGCCAUCAAGGCCGAACUGGCUGUGGCUUCCACACGGCUGGAGCACGAGCGCCAGGUGAGGGAGCAGCUGGAAGCCGAAGGUGAGUCAGCGAGGGCGCGGCUGACUGGCGCUCUUCAGGAGGCAGAGAGAUGCCAGGUGGCACGCGCUGACGCCGAAAGAGCUCUUCAUCGCGAGCGUGAGGGGCACCAGCGUGCCCAGGACAAGCUUACGGGCGAGGCAGCGAACAAACGCGAGGCGGUGGGUGGGCUGUCGCAGAAACUCGCUAAGGCAGAAUCACGUGCAAACGGUCUCGAAAAUGAGGUGCACCGCGUCACAAUGUCGCUUGCCGAGAUGGAGCAUGUGGUCGCCACGCUGCAGAGGGACAAGGAGCAAAUAGGGGGGCGAGUGAAGGAGCUUGAGGCAACUCUACAGACGGAGAGGGAGCAGGCUGGGAGAGUGUGCGCCCGGCAGGAGACGCUGCAGGAGAGGCUGGCGGCGGCACAGAGCGAGGCCAUGCUGCUGAGGCAACAGCUGGAGGAGGCCCAGAACAAAGGGAUGGCGAAGGAGAAGGCGGUGACGGAUGCCCAGGAGCGCUUUGGCGACCUGCUGGCUAAGCUGCGCUCGGACGGGGAGGAGCGUGUGCAGCUGGUAGAGGAGAGGAGCAAGGAGCUGGCCACCAAGGCUGCCGACCUCCGCGACCAGGUCUACAAGCUGGAGGAGGAGAAGAACGACAGAGAGACCAGUUUGAGGCAGCUGCAGCAAGAACUCGCCGACUCACUGAAGAAGCUGUCGAUGAGCGAGGCUUCCCUGGAGGUGAACACACGCUACCGCAAUGACCUGGAGGAGGAGAAGGCGCGACUGCUCAAGGACAUGGACCGCCUUAAGGGGAAGCUGGAGGAGAGCGAGGACCAGUACGUUCAGGCAGAGCGGCGCAUCAAAGCUCUGAAGAACAGUCUCGAUGAGAAGGAGCGAGAGGUGGUCACCGCCUCUCAGAAACUGCAGGAGGUGCUGUCUGCCUUUGCAGGCUCAGACACCACCAUUAAACAGCUGGAGGAGGCAGUGCAGAGAUUGGAGAUUGAGAAUGCCAGGCUGGAGGCAGCAGCAAAGCAGCAGACCAACAAGAUCGAGGCACUGCAGAAAGGAGUCCAAGACUCUGCCAUGCCAUCUGACUCUGCAGCAGGAGGAGGGGUCAGGAACCGUCUGGAGGACUUGGUGACUGGCCUGCAGUGCAGCAAGAUGACCCUGGAGGACCAGCUCAGUCAGGAGGUGCAGAAGCAAAGCAUGCUGUCCCAUAACGCCCAGGACUCCCAUGCGCUGUGGGAGGAGGAGCUGAAGAGCCGCUCCAAGCUGGGUCUGCGUCUGGCUGAGCUGGAGAAGGAGAAAGGAGAGCUCAGCAGCCAGAUGGAGUUAGAGAAGAAGAAGGCCAAGAAGAUAGGGGAGCAGAAAAAGUCAGUGGACACCAGAUUGGACCAGGAGAUGAAGAGAAACACAGAACUACAGAAAGAAAUGUACAGGCUGCGGACACUGGUGAAGACGGCUAAGAAGAAGCUGCGGGAGCAGGACGGUGCCGGGGCUGAGUUUGGAUCGCCCAUGAGCAGCAUGAGAGGGGAGAUGGGCCACAGACAGACUGAGGCUGACAUCAGCAGGAUGAAAGACAAGGUGGAUGACCUGUCGGUGCAGCUGGAGAAGGAGGUGUCUCGCUGCAGCCAGCUGGAGAGGGUCAACGGGGAGCUCAAGGAGAAACUGACCUCCUUGAAGGGCCUGGGCCGCAGCAACGAGCGGCUUGAGCGUAGCAAGAGGCACCUGGAGGAGGAGUUGUUGGGCCUGCGGCGGCAGGUGGAGGCGGGGGUGAUGGACCAGACCCUGGUGGAUCAGUACCGACGAGACGCAGAGGAGAGGGCCCGCCAGGAGAUAAGACAGAAACUGGAGGAGGUCAACCUCUUCCUACAGACCCAGGCGGCGUCCCAGGAGGCGUUGGAGCAGAUCAAGGCAGCAAACGAGGCCAGCUUGCGCUCCACGCUGGAGCAGCGUAUCCGGGACCUGGAGGGCGAGCUGGGCAGAGCGCACUCCACACAGCACGACAGCAUGAGCCUGCGAGACUCCACCCGCACAGAGCUGGAUCGCUACCGGGAGCUCUACACUGAGGAGCUGCGUCUCCGCAAGGCCCUGGCUGUCAAACUCGAGAGGUCCAAUGAGCGGCUGGCGGAGGCCAACACCAAGCUGAUGAGCGAGCGCCACCGCAGCAAGUCCCUGAUAGCCAGCAGCAUUGUCAACGGCAGCCUGGGCGGGCCUCUGGACAUGGGCUCCCUGGGGUCGGUGGGGGCCUACGGGGCAACGCUGGGGCCCCUCAACAGGAGCCUGGGAGGGCCUCUCCUUAGCCCCCUGGGGGAUGGGGGUCAGAGCGGCAGGGUGGAGGCUUACCUGGCUAAGAUGCAGAAUGAAUUGGAGAGAAACAUAUCAAAGGAGUUGGACCAUGCGACAGCAGAGCUUGAGUGCUCUGCCCGGAUGUCUCCGGUGGGCUCUGCCUCGGGCUCCCCUACUAGCCUGGGUUGGGGUCUCAGUGUGGUGGAGGACCCGGUCAGCAGGGCCACACAGCAGUACCUGGAAGUGCUCAAGAAAAACUAUAUGAUUUGACCAACCCAUAGCAGGGCCAGGCAGCACUGGGCUACCCAAAGGGAGCCACAACUGUCCACUUUACCAUGACCUGGGUGGUGUUUAUUAAGGGCACGCGGUGGGAAACGUUUUGCAAUGGAAGGCAAAAAUGACGUUUUUAAGUCCAGGUAUUCAUUCCGCUUCAUUCUGUUUUCUCCCGUUUGGUGCUCUAAUGAACAUCACCCUGGGCCUCAUCAAUGCAUGCUUAUAUAAAAAGAACAUGCACAUUGAGAAAAACACUAAAGGGUAAAGCCACUCCACUGUAACACAUUCCCCCCAAAAAAGUUUACUCUUUAUUCUAAAGAGUCUUUUAAGAAAGGAAACAGCACAUUGCAGUUACAGUGCAUUUGAAAAGUAUUCAGACCCCUUGACUUCUUCUACAUUUUGUUAAAUUACAGGCGUAUUCUAAAAUGGAUUACAUCAACCCCCCCCCCCCCCGUCAAUCUACACACAAUGCCCCAUUAUGACAAACCAACAACAGUUUUUUAGAUAUGUUUGCAUAUGUAUUAAAAAUGUAAAACUGAAAUAUCACAUUUACAUAAGUAUUCAGACCCUUUAGUCAGUACUUUGUUGAAGCACCUUUGGCAGCGAUUAUGGCCUCGAACGCUACAAGCUUGGCAUACCUGUAUUUGGGGAGUUUCUUCCAUUCUUCUCUGCAGAACCUCUGAAGCUCUGUCAGAUUGGAUGGGGAGUGUCGCUGCACAGCUAGUUUCAGGUUUCUCCAGAUCGGGUUCAAGUCCGGGCUCUUGCUGGGCCGCUCAAGGAUAUAUCUAGAGAAUUGUCCCGAAGCCAGACCUGCGUUGUUGUUGUACUGUUGGAAGGUGAACCUUCGCCCCAGUCUGAGGUCCUGAGCGCUCUGGACCAGGUUUUCAUCAAGGAUCUCGCUGCACUUUGCUCCAUUCGUCUUUCCCUCGAUCCUGACUAGUCUACCAGUCCCUGCCGCUUAAAAACAUCCCCACUGCAUGAUGCUGCCACCACCAUGCUUCACCAUAGGGAUGUUGCCAGGUUUCCUCCAGACAUGACACUUGGUAUUCAGGCCAAAGAUUUCAAUCUUGGUUUCAUCAAACUAGAUAUUCUUGUUUCCUUUCAGUGCCUUUCGGCAAACUCCAAGCGGGCUGUCAUGUGCCUUUUUCUGAGGAGUGGCUUCCGUCUGUCCACUCUACCAUUAAAAACCUGAUUGGUGGAGCGCUGCAAAGAUGGUUGUCCUUCUGGAAGAUUGUCCUAUCUCCACAGAGGAACACUGUCAGAGUGACCAUCAGGUUCUUGGUCACCUCCCUGACCAAGGCCCUUCUCGCCUGAUUCCUCAAUUUGGCUGGACGACCAGCUCCAGGAAGAGCCUUGGUGGUUUCAAACUUCUUCCAUUUAAGAAUGAUGGAGGUCACUGUGUGCUUGGGCUCGGUCAAUGCUGCAGAAAUGUUUUGGUAACCUUCCCCAGAUCUGUGCCUUGACACAAUUCUGCCUCGGAGCUCAACUGACAAUUCGACCUCAUGACUUGUUUUUUGCUCUGACAUGCACUGUCAACUGUGGGACUUAUAUAUACAGGUGUGUGCCUUUACAAAUCAUGUCCAAUCAAUUUAAUUUACCACAGGUGGACUCCAAUCAAGUUGUAGAAUAAUCUCAAGGAUGGUCAAUGGAAACAGGAUGCAACUGAGCUCAAUUUCGAGUCUCAUAGCAAAGGGUCUGAAUACUUACCUUUAUUUACGUAUUUCAGUUUUUUAUUUUUCAUACAUUUGCAAACAUUUCUCAACUUGUUUUCACUUUGUCAUUAUGGGGCAUUGUGUGUAGAUUGAUGUUUUAUUUAAUCCAUUUUAGAAGGCUAUAACCUAACAAAAUGUUAGUCAAGUGGUCUGAAUACUUUCGGAAUGUACUGUAUACACGAGAAAGAUGGCAUGAUAUUAUUUUUUUCAAAGCCAUAUUUUUUUACAUAUUUGUUAUUAACCUCCUGGAGACAAUGUCCGCGCCCCCUUGGACAUAUAAUAUAAACAUCUUCAUAAAAAUCUCUAAGCAAGAGAUAUCUGUUUUUUUGCAUGGGCUCCGUCUCAAUCCAACACAUUCACCGAUGUCAGCCUUCAUCAUCUACGGUGAAAGAUGGCAGCGCUACGGCUGUGUUUGUCAAACCAUGAGACAUCCCUAUUAUGACCCCUCUAUGGAAAGAUGGGACUCUAACGAAAACAUACAUGAUUUGCUCUGAGAUGCCCACAUACCUCACAAGACUCGCCCGAAGACUCACCCGGUACCACAAGACUCGCCCGGUAGCAGUUUAAAAAAUGAAUCAAAGUGUACACUCACCAGACAGUUUAUUCGGUACACUACCCCGUUCACGAAAAUGGAUCACUUCUACAGACAGUGGGUCACGUGGCCAGGGCUUGGUAUUUUAAGCAGGCAGACAGGCAUUGAGGUAUUCCGUUACUGUUCGAUUGAAUGCUAAAAUUGGCAUAAUGAGUGACCUAAGUGACUUUGAGCAUGGUAUGAUCGUCGGUGCGUUGCACACCGGAUCCAAUAUCUCAGAAACGGCUGCCCUCCUGGGCUUUUCACGCACUACAAUGUCUAGGGCUCUGUGGGCGAAAACAGCUAAUUGAAAGAGGUCGAAGGAGAGUGGCAAGAAUCGUGCAAGCUAACAGGCGGACCACAAACAGACAAAUAGCGUUGCAGUACAACAGUGGUGUGCAGAACGGCAUCUCAGAACACACAACUUGUCGAUUCUUGUCACGGAUGGGCUAUUCCAGCAUUCGACCACACUGAGUUCCACUCUUAUCACUAAAAAUAAGAAGCAGUACCAGGGGACACGCCUUCUACACCACUUGACAAUUGAGGAGUGGAAAAACAUUGCAUGGAACAUGACAGUGAGUAGGGUUUACUUGAGUGGCCUGGCUCAGUCCGCAGACCUCAACCCAAUAGAGCAUCUUUCGGAUGAGAUGGAACAGGCUGUUGGCAGUAUGAAUGUAUCGCCGUCCAAUCUGCAGCUACUACGUGAUUCCGUCGCGUCAGCAUGGACCAACAUCCCUUUGAAGAAUACCCUAAAGAAUUCGGUCUGUUCUGGAGGCAAAGGGCGGUCCGAUCGCUCUGGAUAAGAGCGUCUGCCAAAUGACUUAAAUGUAAAUGUAAUGUAAAUGAUCCGGUACUAGAUGGGUGUACCUAAUAAACUGUCUGGUGAGUAUAUGGAAGUAGUUUAGUGCGUAAAAAAAGGGGUUAAAUAUUUGCUGAAAAAUAUUAUAAUUAUCUUAUCUCAUAUAUAGGACAGACACUUCAAAACAAGCUUCCUUUAAAAAAAAAUAACCUUUUUCCAUAUACAAAUCUGUUAUUCAAUGUGUUUCAAUGGGCUAGUAGCAGACGUGUGUGUAUAUAUAGACAUGUAUACAUACACAUACACAUACAUAUAAGUUCUUAAGUAUUGUUACUCUUGUAUGAUCUGUUUUUUUCUAUGGUUCAGUCCUUUUCAGUACAGUGUGUAUACACUAUAGGUUCCUGCGUACAGAUUGUCUUAAAUUGUUUGCCAUUUACUUUAUGGUAUUGAUUUAUUGGAUAUUUUAUAGUAUUGGAUGUAUGUACCAUGAGUAACAUUACCAAGAUAUCACUUUUUUUGGUAUGUGCCGUGUAAUGGUUCAAUAUGUUUUUUUCCUGUCUUGUCCUGUUUUUUUGUUGUUGUUGUUGUAAUGCACAACAUAUACUUGAAUGAGACAAACGAGGAUAUUCUGUAGUUAAACAGGGUACCCAUAUUUUGUAUUACCUCGUUACAUUAGUUUUUGUUUGAUCUUAGUUACAAAAAAUAUUACAUGGGAGAAAAAAAUUAACAUUUCAGUAUUUUUUUAAGGUCAACAGUUGCUAUAAAAAAAAAUAUUUAUGGAAAAGAGAAUAGCCAUCUGAACCCUUGUACAGUACAUUACAGAAGAUCUGUAAAUUUAUGAAUAAAAGUCUACAAACAUUU